AUGAUCCGAGACGCGGCAAGCUCGAUGAUCAAGGCCUCGAUUCGUACCAAGCGACGGUCAGACGCAGAGAACGCCCAACCAAACGCUAAGUUUGGAAUGCUAAACAUCGUUGAAGAUAUAUUACCGUUCGGCUCUGAGCAGUGGCAGACCGUUGCUCAGUUCAAUACAAACAUACCUACCGGGUGGACUGAGCGAGAUGGGGAAAGCCUAAAGCGUAAGUUCCAGAAGCUCGACCAGCCUCAGGUAAUGAUGUAUGUACCGAUGAUGUCCGGCGGGCAAAGCGUCUUCAAGAGCACCCUCGACGACGACUGUCUCAAGGGAGCUGGGAUGCUUUGCGGCACUGUCGCUUCCGGUUCUAAGAACUCGCCGACUCCCAAUACCACGCCAACGACUCAGAUCAACAUGCAAUUUGCUUCCUCAACCCCGCUGCAAGCAGCAAGUCGAGUGAUUGAAAACGUGGAAAGUGAUCUGCGUUCUGACAACUGCUCCGCAGACCCGGUAAGCCCCAUGGUAACGAUUUUAAUGGCAAUGGAAGAGUGCCACGACGCACGAGAGGCGCAAUACCGGAGGGAGCGCAAAAUUUACCAGCGUCAGCGCGACGAACGUGAAUCGAGAAGCCAGCAGAUGAUGAUGUUGCUUUUAGCGCGUCUAGUAGGUGGGAGCGCUGAUUUGCUGCUCCAGCUGAACAACAACGACGAUGAAGACAAACCAGUCGCUUAA